AAUUAGAAAUAUUUAUAUUAGUACAAAAUGUAUUACCGAUAUUAUUUCUAACAAUGUUUCAAGGCCAGUUAGAAACUUUUUUCUAAUAUUUGUCAGAUAAAAAAUGUCAUGAUCCCGAAAGAUCAAAAAAGAUUUUCCAUAUCUUCAAAAAUAUUUUACCAGACAGCCUAGGUCAAAAAUGCGUUCUGAGUAAACGAAAUAUAUCUUUUUGCAAGCAACUUCUUUGAAAUUUUUUGAUUGAUAUGUGCAGACAUUUUAAUUCGGACGUUCCUUUUCUAAACCUCAAUGUGGAGCGUGAAGGAAAGAUUUUCUAAGUACAGCGUCUGGAGGCCAGAGAUAUACUGCAACCCUAUAUGAGGGAAAAACAAUAUUUCCAAUCGAUAAUACAAUGCGUUAUACGAGAAAAAAUAACCUUUCAGUUUUUCUCUGUGCCAUUAAGUGACUUGAGAACCAAAAAUAAAUCUCAAAAUGCUACGAAUGUUUCCUAGCUUUUAUUGUUUUUCCAAUAAAAACAAACGUUUUCUCAUACGCAAGAAAGAGAGAGAGGGAGAGUCUUUUAACUGUCUAAAAAUUUGACUAUCAGAUUUUUAUGAAUAUCUAUAUCUUGCAUAGAAAUGUUUCAUGUUAUUUAAGCAUUACACAGAAAGAAACAUAUUUGAAAAGAUUUUUAACGUGAAGGUUGACUUGUAUGCUGUAAAUAUAUUGUAAUAUAAUUUUAAUUUGAAUGAGCUGCAUUACUCUAUCUUUCCUCUGGUAUACUAGAUAGCGAUGCCUGAUUAGGUACGCAUCCCAUAGUGCAAUGCGAUUGUUUUGAAGAGAUGAGAUGCUGUUCUGUUAAGGUGUGCGCGCGUUAAUGUCUUGUCUUGUCUUCGCGUUUUGUGUUUGUUUUGUGUGAAAUAUGAUCUUUAAAGAAAUGUUGCCAAAACGAUACGUCCUCUUGCUUGCACUGCAUGGAUCAUAAUGCUCUCCAUUCCACCAUAAAUUUUUGUGUUUGUUUGCUUGGGGUUUUUCUCGUCCAUUUAAAGAAGAUAACUCUGAUAUAUGUUUUUAAAAUCAUUAUUUCUUUAUAUGCAUAAUGGAAAUGUUAUUUGACUUAUUACAUAAAGAUAAACCAAUUUUAGUAAUUUUACCUCUGAUUUCAAAUUAAUUACUUUUAAAAUGCGACCAUGAAAAUCUACUUUCUAGUUAAUAAAUAUUUACAAUAAGUUAAAACUUAAUUGUAAUCAAUAUUCUAUAUUCAAUACAUAUUAUUAUUCAUUCUUUCAAAGAUAAGUAACGAUAUAAUUAGUAUUCUCUAUUUUCGAAUUUUCAUUAAAAAAGGAAUCUUUCUGCUUUUCAAUUUUUAAAAUUUCAGAACGAGGAUGACACGUAGGAUGAAAAUCAUCAAGUUCGACAGCAAGAUCAGCUGGGCUGUAGCCUUGGCCUGUGGGUGCAUGAAUUUAUUGAUUAUGAUACCAUUGAAAGUCAGCGGUCUGAUUUUUGUUGAGAUCCUGGAUCGGUACCACGUCGGCAGAAACCUGGCUGGCUAUCCAACGUUUACUAUCACUCUGAUGCGAUGCACAACUGGACCGUUAGUCGGAUAUUUUGCAGAGAGAUUUGGAAUGAACGGAGUGAUGAUUCUCGGAAGCAUAUUGUCGGCUGCAGGAAUAUCAGCCUGCUUCUUUGCUGAAGAUAUUGCAGUGGUGAUUGUUUUAUUAGGAGUCAUUCAUGGACUCGGUGUUGCCUUUCUAAACAUAUUCCUGCCUAUGAUUGUGAAGAUUCAUUUUAAAAAACAUCUCACCCUAGCAUUCGGAGUGACUCAAGCAGGUGCUUGCAUCGGAGCAUUCUUCGCUCCUGCUCUUCUUUUGUGGAUCUUCCGAAAUUACGGUACAUCCGGAGGGUUUCUGAUCAUAGGAGCGAUGGUUCUGAACAGUUUGCCUAUCGUUAUGAUUAUCAACAUUUUAUCGCCUGAUAGAACUUCCAGCAAGUUGGGCAACUCGGCGAAAUCUAAAGAGUUCACAAAAGGACAGUUAGAAACAGCAUUAACUACAACGGUCCAUUUUGGAACAACGGAAGUUGAAGAUAAUGCUCUGACAGAUAUCACUGAUGGUAAAGAAGAAAAGGUAUUAAAGGUGCGAGAGGAGAAUAUUAUUUCAAAAAUACAAAAUAGUCCCGAAAAUGAGGAUGUAGCUUCUUUAGUACUAAACAGUCCUAAGUGUGAUCACGCGGAAGUCGUAACAGAUGGAACCGAUGCUAAGGCGCUAGGUUCUUUAAGUGACUUUAAUAUGUGCAGAAUUUCGGCGGAGAACGCGGAAUCAGAAACGGGAAAGAAAGGAAUGGAGCUAUUGUUGGAUAAAUUGGGAAAGGCUUCAGAAAUGAAACAACAAAAACAGAAUCACAAAGAGGAAAUUAAAAUAACUACAGAUAAAAAGAUUAAUGAAUUUCAAAAUUAUAUUAAAGAAGAGUUCAUUCCUCUCGUGGAUAUUCGAACGAAACCGAUAAAAAAGGAUUGUGAAGAAAAUGUGCAGCAACCAACUGAUUAUACAUAUUCAAAGAAAAGAUUUAAAUACAAAGCUGAAGUAAGCAAUAAAGAUACACAAGAACAAAUAUUAAAAAGUGCAAAUGACCGUGAUCGUGUCAAAGACAGUAACAUUCACACACCUCCAUGUAAUUUUGUGAAUAAUAUAUCAUGUAGAAGUUUAACAUUUCCUACAAAGACUCAAUUGCAGCCAGUGACAGAAACUGAAGAAAUUAUUUCUCCGGCACUCAAGGUUUUUAAUCCAAAAUCUUCAGAGCCCAUGCUGCCAAGCAAUCAACAAUUUCAUCAAAGCGAAGUGUUACAAAUUGAUGAACAACGUUCAACAAGGGCAACAAACGCAAACAAAUCUUUAAAGAUUUUUCUAGACGUAACAUUUUGGAUUGUCAUAAUAACGCAGAGUCUCCAUAUGUUCGUUUUGAUAAUGUUUUGGACCACCAUGAUAGACUUCUCAAGGGACAAAAACAUUGACAGAAGCAUGGAGGUAUAUUUGUUGAUGGUUUUACCCAUAGCAGAAAUAGCAGGUCGUUUAGGCUUAGGUUGGGUAACUGAUUGUAAUCAUCUAACUAAAAUAAAUUUUUGUGUCGUUUUUUUCACACUGAUGGGUUGUUCCUGCUCGCUUAUGGCAUGGGCUCAGGAUUUUUAUGCUGUGAUGGCAAGCAUUCUUAUAUUUGGUGUUUCUUCCAGUGGGCUUAUAUCAAUGUUUCCAAUGGUAGUUUUUGAAUUUUUUGACACAGCAAACCAUACAAUGGGACAGGCUUCAAAAUAUUGUCUGUUCGGUCCUCUCAGUUUUUUUAAUGGCCCGAUGAUAGGAUAUUUCAGAGACACAGUGGGAUCUUACUCUUGGCUGUAUCACACAAUUGCAGUGGUGUCGGUGGGUUGUGCAGCUCUCUCUGCCUUGAUCCCUGUGCUUGCCAGGAUCAGAGACGAGAAAAGGAAAAUGAAGAGAACAAGCUGAAAAUGUCAUUCAAGAAGACAAAUAUUUACACUUCACCAAGAUAAAUUAAAAUUAAAAAUGCUACAAAGACACAGCUGUUUUACAUUAGCACUAAAACAGUAUAAUAGAAUUAAAACAGAAGAGGAUUUCGAAAUUGAAAGUGAAUGACUUAAAACGAAACUUAAAAUGCAGUUAUUGCUAAAUAUGCCUAGUUAUUUUCACCAAAAUGCUGGUAUGCUCACAAUACGAGAACGCACGUUUUCUAUGAACCUUAAAAUAAUAAAUAAGGCAACAAUAAAUAGAACAGUAAUAAAAAUUUCUAUAGAAAAUUAAAAUAUAUUAUGAAUGGGAUCACAGUUCCAA